AUGAUUUCAACAAUCGGCACAACAACAAUUCAAACUACAGCACCAAACUCGUUAGUCAUGAAUCCAACAUCUAUGUUAGUAGAGAUGAAAAGCUUCAUUCCUUCUUCAUAUACUUUCGAAACAAAAAUCCAGAAGAUAAAGCAAGAACUUUUAACAAGUAAUUUAGACUGUAGUGCGAAAGAUGAAACAAAUGAACAGUAUCUUUAUGAAAUGCAGGACAUUAUUGACCAUUUACCCAAAUUGCCUGAAAUCCAACAACAAAAACUAACUAUUCCUGAAUUCGACGAAAUUGAAGUCAAAACAACUGACUCAGUAGAAAUAAAGAAGUUCAUACGUAAAGUAAAUUAUGAAUUCCUUGGUUUUCAUUGCAACCAUAAAGUUAUGGACAAAGAUUGCGACAUGGUUUAUAAGAAUGUUUCUGACAUAUAUAAAUCUGAAGAAUUUAAGACCUACGAUAACUUUGUUUCAUUAGUUGCUGAAUGUGUUUGGGAAAUAAGAGAUAAAGAUAGAAGAGGCAAAGUAUGGAACGAACAACUAAGACCCGCUAUGUUUGAGAUGAAGAGAGCAAUUGACGCCUUAGUUGUUUUAGCAGGUCAAAUUUCAAUGUAUAACGCAAAAAUGAACCCGCAAU